AGCAGGCUCAGGAUGUGUCCUGGGGCUGAGUCUGCCAGUAGUUGCAAUGGUUGUUGAAAGGAGGGUGUUUGUGUGAGUCCUCAGCGUUUACCGUAAUUGUAUAUUUCGUAUUGUUUAAUGCUAGUGUAACCUCACUAGGCACCCACUGACUACAUAUCCCAACAACAUGGCUCCCAAGAAAGGAGACCUGACAGAGGAGGAGAGGGAGCUGAUCACAGUCAUUUCUAAAGGUGGGUACCCAUCAGGGCAAGCAGUAAGUAGGCUACAUGCUAUAUAAUCUGGAAUAAAAGCACAUACAUGUUCUCUAAGUGAUCAUUUAAUUACCCCAUAUGGCCCAGGAUAAAGCGGAAAGGGGUUACAGUGAUGUUGAAAUGUUAUUAGUACUGUGGAUUCAGUAGGCCUUUGACAAUACAUAGAACAGAAUAUUAUACCAAUUCAUGUAGUGUGUUUAGAAUAAUUUAAUAUAGUAUACCUGAGCUUAUUUUGUAAUAAUAUAGAGAAUACAUUUCAUCCAAACAUGGUUUUCAUAAAUAGGUGGCACAUCUACAGGUGACAAAUAAUUUCACUUUACUUUUUUUUUCUGUGGUGCUAAACUACAUGUGAUAGUGACAUAUAUGGAGGUUUAUAGGUGUAUAAGAAAAUAUCUUAUAAAUAAGAGACAAAGCCCCAUUAAGUGAGAGAGUGUCAAGCACACCAACAUGCCUGGAAUUGUAGAUUUUAGGUGAAUAAUUUAGGAGGGCAGCUGCAUGACCUGUGGUCGUGUAUCCCAUUUUGCAGGAAAAGUAAGACCUUUUUAAUCUAUUAAUUUUUGGCAAUCUCAACAUCACAGCGGUUAAAUCUACAUUUACCUGAAGUUGGACUUGAUUACAUUUUGAAAUGGUGCAGGAAGAGAAUAAAUAUAUUUAAUGACUGAGAGCAUCAGGCUAUGGGCAGAUAUAUGGUAAAUAUUACUUUAUAGGUUUUAUGGUUGUUAUUAUUUUAGACGUGUAUUGAGCGCCUUUUUUUACUUGUCUUCUCUCUCAUAUGGUAAAUAUUAACUGAAAAAUAAGACUCGCCCAUCUCUCCUACAUCCAUAUGCCAUGGACAGCCAUGUGAGGGUUAAUAUUCCGCAUAGAAUGGCUAGAGAUGCCACCCAUCUCUUGUGCCAAAAAUUGCUGAACAUGUUGUAUUAUAAAUAAUGUUUUGACACCAAAUUGAUUUUAACAGUUGUGCAAAUUCCGAUAAAGGAGAUAAUACAUUGAAAAAUAGGAAGCAGCUUGAUAACAAAUAAAAUGUGUAUAAUUGUUUUAUUUCCCUGUUCCCUGCUUAUCUGCAGCUUUGCAAUGGGAAGUGGUAGAGAGCCCUGAUUAAUUUGUCACUACUGUGAUUGUCAGUAGGAGCACUUAGCAUUUGUUAUAUUCUCACACUUAAGAUAUAUAGUUUAGCAUAUAUUUGUGCCAGUAUAUACAUGCAACCAGUUGCUUAUGAACACUUCACGCACAAUAACCAUUACAGAUUUCUGUAGUGGUUAUGGUGCCAGGAGUGCCCUUGCACCUUCCUAAAGUAAGUAGUUAAACCAUUUGAGAAUAGUUGGUUUAAAGGGACACUGCCCAUUGAAGUGGUCUGGGUGCCAACUCCCACUACCCUUAACCCUGCAACUGUAAUUAUUGCAGUUUUUUUAUAAACUGCAAUAAUUACCUUGCAGGGUUAACUCCUCCUCUAGUGGCUGUCUUCUCUAGUGGCUGCACUUCCUGCUCUAUAGCACAAGUUGAACUAUAGCGUCGCUGGACGUUCUCACGCUGUGUGAGGACCUGCAGCGUCGCUCAAUUCCCCAUAGGAAAGCAUUUUCAAUGCUUUCCUAUGGGGAGCUCUAAUGCGCAUGCGCGACACUGGUCUCCCCGGCCAAUGGGCGGGAUCAGUCUCGCCCACCGGCCGACGUAAAGACUGGGAGGAGCGGCGGCGAGAGGAAACCACUGCCGAGGGACACCGGCGGGGUCUCUGGUAAGUGACUUAAGGAGUUUUCACCCCUUAAGCAACCGGGGAUUGGGGGUGGGAGGGAGAGGGGACCAGGCACUGGAGUUUGACUUUAACAACUUACCCGAGGUCUGCUGGUCACCGGUUGCCUCUUUUGCACUGAGGUAGCAUGUAAUUCAGGUUUUUAGCUCAUUGGCUGAGAACGUCAGCUGAUCACUCUCAGCCAAUAAACUAAGCCCUGUAUUGCCUGCAUGACAGAGUUUGGGUCACUGCAGCUGCUGGCUCCAUGGAAAAUGGUGACCAGCCCCCACCAUACACCAGGUACGUUUCCAGGCUAGUCUGAAAAGGUUUGACUACUUACCCUGAGAAGAGACUCUGAGUACCAUGACCACUACAGCAGUCUGUAAUUGUUAUCGGAGUGUUGUUUUACGCUACUAGGAGCUUCCACAUUACUUUUAUAUCUUUCUAAAUAGCUCAUUUAUGUUUCGUCAUAAAUUAAGAAAGCGAUCAGCAGCACUUGUAUUCAUAGUUUUAUUUAUUAAAAACUACACGACAGUCUAUAAAAGUCAGUGGGACAUGUAUGGUGUGCACACUCUGUACAAGUAAUUUUAAGGAAGAUUGAAAUUACAUCCGUAGGUAUUUACUGAAUUUAAACUCUUGUAAUAACCACUGUCCUUGGUAUAUUUUGUGUUUGUGCAAGAACACAAAACAGGCCCCUAGAUAAAAUGACUAAAGUCAAUGGGCUAUUUAGAGUCGUUUCUUUCACAUUGAACUUGCUUAGGAAUUAACGAGCCAGUUGACAAGUGUGACUUUAUUGAAUAACCCUGGCACAGUAGUACCAGAUUCUUCCUAGAAGGGGUUGAUGUGUGUCAAAUGAGUUCCAUUUUGUAAUGCUGCUAAUGUCAUCCAGAUGGUGUGUUGGAAAAAAGGCAAGGAAAAUGUACAGAAACAAAAUCGAUUUUAUAUAGUUACAUACUAAUAUACAAGCUGAAAGAAAAGGCCCAGCUUUAAAGGACCACUCUAGGCACCCAGACCACUUCAGCUUAAUGAAGUGGUCUGGGUGCCUGGUCCAGCUAGGGUUAACCCAUUUUUUUAUAAGCAUAGCAGUUUCAGAGAAACUGCUAUGUUUAUGAAUGGGUUAAGCCUUCCCCCUAAUCCUCUAGUGGCUGUCUCAUUGACAGCCACUAGAGGCGCUUGCGUGCUUCUCACUGUGUUUUUCACAGUGAGAGCACGCAAGCGUCCAUAGGAAAGCAUUGUAAAUGCUUUCCUAUGCGACGGGCUGAAUGCGCGCGCAGCUCUUGCCGCGCGUGCGCAUUCAGCCCAGGAGGAGGAGAGAAGGAGGAUCGGAGGAGGAGAGCUCCUCGCCCAGCGCUGGAAAAAGGUACGUUUUUAACCCUUUCCCCCUUCCAGAGCCGGGCGGGAGGGGGACCCUGAGGGUGGGGGCACCCUCAGGGCACUAUAGUGCAAGGAAAACGAGUAUGCUUUCCUGGCACUAUAAUGGUCCUUUAACUCCUCUCUGUGCUGUUCAUCCAGAAGAACAAUAACAUCCCAAUGUUUCUAUAUGAACAUUCUGUUUAUUCCUCUGUUAUCCUCCCAGAGUAAGUAGUCAAACCAUUUACAGGAAUACUCUAAGCACCAUAACCACUACUGCACAAUGUAGUGUUCAUGGUGUAGUUAACUGGUGGCUCCUUACCUGGGGUCUGCCUGGCCCCACUUUCUGCAUCCACUACAGCCUUCAUAGAGCCAUAGGUUCUCAUUCUGAGCAAAGCCCAGCACUAAUUAGGAGUGCUAAUGGCUCUCUGAGCACUCUAGUGGUGCAGGGAAUGCUGCCCCAGACGAGAAGUCAAACCAUUCUUAAACAGUGUUACUACUUUGGGCACCAGGGUCUCCUGACACCAUAAUCACUGCAGCAUGCUGUACCAUCACAUAGGCUCUACCACCCCCUUCUAUAACACGAAUACACACAACAUAAUAUACAAUUCUGUUGCUAAAUAAAGAUCAGGGGUGCCCAGAAUUUUUUUGCAGCGGUUCCUUUCAAUACCCGGUAAUAAUUUACAUCAUAGUAGAAUAUUGGAUACUCCAUCGUGAUGACAUGUCGAAGAAUAUAAUCUAUGUCACACUCUUUCCCCCCAGGAACAAUAAAGAGGACAGAUAGCAAAAUUGGUGCGGAAACUCAGACACCUUCCUCUCGUUAUGCUGUAAAAACAAAUGUUUACUCCUUACGUGCAUGGCAUAGCAUACUAAUUAUUUUCACUGUAAUCAUGCUGUUCUUUACUUCAGAGUCAAACAUUCCUCUUUAAUAAGGGGCCUUAGGGACCACUGCUAUGUUAAUGCUCCUUUCUCACCUGGAGUAGUAGCAAUAGUGGGACAACACUGCAUUAUUUUACCCACACCCUACCGCACACAGGAUGUGGGAAAAGAAGAGAAGUCAUUAGUCAUAUCCCUUUAUUUAAUUGUGCAGGGUUCCCAUGACUCCAUUAAACCAAUCACCUCCCCAUCAGCAAGGGAUGAGCUGUGGGUCCCAUUAAAUUACCAAUAUCCCAACACAAGUACCCCUAAUUAAUAAGAGCCAGAAUAUGGCAGUAAGAAUGAAGUAAUCCAUUAAAUACUUAACUCACACCCUACCUGCCCGUAACUAAAGAAAAGACUCCCCAUCUUAUCAAAAGGAUGCAUUAAAGGACCACUAUAGUGCCAGGAAAACAUACUCGUUUUCCUGGCACUAAUAGGGUCUCUAGGUCCCCCCCCACACUUAGGGUCCCCCUCCCGCCAGGCUCUAGGGUGAGGAAGGGGUUAAACACAUACCUUUUCUCCACCACCGGGCUCCCUCGGCGGUGGGGACUCUCCGCCUCCUUUCCCGUCAUCGGCUGAAUGCGCAUGCGCUUCAAGAGCCGUGCGCGCAUUCAGCCAGUCCAUAGGAAAGCAUUCUCAAUGCUUUCCUAUGGACGCUGGCUUCUUCUCACUGUGAAAAUCACAGUGGGAAGCGCCUCUAGCGGCUCUAAAUUAGACAGCCACUAGAGGCUGGAUUAACCCAUAGGUAAACAUAGCAGUUUCUCUGAAACUGCUAUUUUUACAGCAGAAAGGGUUCAUCCUAGAUGGACCUGGCACCCAGACCACUUCAUUAAUCUGAAGUGGUCUGGGUGCCUAUAGUGGUCCUUUAAGGGACAGGAGUGUGGUUGUCCACUCACUGAGUAUAUUAACCAUCAUAAUAUUGCUCAUUAAUUUCAUGCAGUGGGGAGCCAUUUCCAUAGUCUCUGCCAGUGGCGUAUAAUACAAGCUGGCAGAGCAUAAUGGAAAAUGUCAUUUACAAACACCUGUCAUUAUAAUUUUCAGCCUUAUUUGAUCUAAUAUAUGUUAAAGGGACACUUUAAUCACCAUAACAGCUCAUAGUGAAGCAUGUGGGGGCUCUGUCUCUCCUGGCACCUACAGUCAAGUCAAAUUUAUGCAGCAAUGUUAGAACAAUGCUUGAACUCUCAGCCUAUUGUUGCCAUCUAAAGAAACAAACUGUUUUGAUAUUGCUCUUAAUACCAUAACCACUGCAAUAGGCUGUAGUGGUUAGGGGUAUACUGCAGUUUGUAUUCCUUACACUAUACUUCCCUCUGCCUCUACCCUCCUUCCCCACCCACCAUGGCAAAGGUUAAAAACUUUUACUAUACUCACCCUAUUCCGUUGCUGAUCUCCCUUGGCGCUGGGUCAGUUCUCCGCCUCCUCUGUCAUCCUACGUGGGUGAUUAAUGCUUGAGUGCGGCGAGCGCAUUAGGCCCUCUCCAUAAAAAGCAUUGCAGCUAUGCUUUCCUAUGGGGUUAUCUUUGACGCUGGAUGUCCUCAAGCAAGCAGGAAUUGCCUCUAUUAACCAUCUAAUUGACAGCCACUAGAGGCAGUCUUAGUCCUGCGCGGUAAUCAUUGCAGUUUCUCUAAAACUGCAAUGUUUUACAUUGCAGGACUAAGUGAGACAGGGACACUUUGUGGUCUAGGUGUCUAUAGUGUCGUUUUUUUAAGGUUUUCUGUUAAAAUAGGUUAGACAAGAUAUGACAACACGCACUGAAUUCAGUUUGUGCAAGAAAUCAAGGUGCGCUCAUGCUUUUCUCGUCUUUAGCGUUCUCGCCAUGGGAGGCAAAGUUGAGGCUGUCCCACUACAUCUAUGCAUAUUGGGAUAUAUGUUUGUGACUGGGAAUGGAGUGAUGGUACAACAGUCCGAUUUGGAUAAAAAAAUUUUUUUAAAAAGGUUCUGCGUAAUGGGCCUAUAGGGAAGGUUGGCAAUAAAAAAACACCACAUUACUGAAAUGCGUAUUUGGAGUUGACAAGAUAAGGCUACUUUUGCUGUAUUGUUGUCACUAACUUUCCACGGCCCAUAGCUCAGGAUACGCUAUCCCGACAGCGAGCUAAGGUGAAGCUGGCACUAUGAUUUAACACAUCAACAGGGAUGAUUAAUUUUGCUAUAAAGGAAGAAAGAAUGGAUGCAGCAAAAUAAAGAGAGCUAUGCAAGGUUUCUGGCUUCAGUCCACUAAAAAUGAGAACAUUGGGACAAAGUGCCAAAUGGGGGGAGUGACAUUAGGUCACAAAAAUCCCACUUAAAAUCGAUAUGUACCCUGGAUUUUGAAAUGCCCAAUAAUGGCAUCCAGACCCCUUAAUUUCCAAAAUGGAAAUCUUCUCGAACUCUGCUAUCCCUCCAUUUUGGCUACUUUUGUUUUAAAUUCCAAACUCACGUUGUAUUCUCACUUUAAUGAAUACGUCUGUAAAUAAAUAUUGGAAAACUAUAACUUAUGUGAAAGACGUGUUAAAAUUUUGCUAUAUUUUUUCAGCCAUUUAGGUUUUGAUAUUUUUAUAUGCAUUUUUUUGAGGGCAAGGUGUCAAGUAUUGCAUAAUAUAUUUGAAAUCUGCACAGCCUAGUAAGCCGCUCUAGACAUAAUUAAAGAGAUAAUCUGCAGUGAUUGUAACAAGGCUCAGCAGAGCGCAGAUAAGCUGUGCUUCUAUAAUAAUUGGAAAGAUGGUGAAUUCAGACUGUCUUGCUGCUAAUCCUUUUUGUUAACUCUUCUAAAUCAAGAUAUUAAAUGUUUGUUACAUUCAGUAUACACUUCAAGUUCUCACUUGGGGAGGGGGGGUGACCUGGUGUCCCCUAGAAAAUAAGUUUGGUAAAUGUAUAUCGCAGAGCUACAUUUGAAAUCUCUCUGCCCUGUAUGAUGCAUUGUUAGACAUGUCUGUGGUUAAAGAAAACAUCUAGUUAUCGUUCUAUCAUUUUGUGCAGUGUAGGUUAAUGGGGCUUGUUUUGUUUUUUGUUCCGAAAGAUGUUAAGAGAUGUUACCUUUUGAGAUGAUAACCGUUCUUUCACUCCCUCCAAUAAACACUAUUUUGAAUCUUUACUGGGAUGAGGACGUACAGCUGAAAUAACAUAUUUAUUUAUUACUGUCAUUUAUAAAGCGCCAAUUUCACGGCGCUGUACAAUUGGGGAAAAAGACAAUACAAUAUAAACGGAUACGGAUAAACAGAUAAAUGAUACAAAAAGUAGAAGGUCCUGCCCGUGAGCUUACAAUCUAAACAUAUGACUCCAGAGCACUUCUUAGUACUGCUGUCUCAAUUUUAACACUCAUUCCACAGCACUAUACAAAAGUGUGUGUGAGUGCACGUGCGUAAGCUCUUGCUCAUGCUUCCCAUGAUGCUCUAGAUACGCAGGUGUCCUUGAGAGCCUUUGACCAUGGCAUCAGAUGAUUCGUAUGAUUUACACUGAAUGCCAGGCUGUGCCUUAAUAGCCAUACUGAUGAUAUAAAUACAAAUUGGUUGUUUAGGUGGCGUUUACAUAAAUGAUGCAACAUAUAUGAAUUUCUGAACUGUACCCCAGAAGUAAAAAUGUAUGAAUUGCGAAAGAUCUGCCAAUAAAUAUUUUUAAAUUUUUUUAUUUAUGUGAGUGACUUGACACAGUCACCUGGUAUCAUUACUAGCUCUCUUGGCCCAGCAAUUCUUUCAUGUAGCCCAUCAUAAAUCUGCCUUCUGGUUGGAAUCUACUGAUCAGAGUCCACAAAUUGCAGGGGAAGUUGUCAAGUGACUUUUUUGUUUUGUUUUAAUUUGACGUGGUGACUUGCAAUUUGCUAGAUUUCAUUUCUUGGUUAAAUGCUUAGAUAUUAUAAAUUUCAACCAUUGAAAAUAUUUCUUUACAUGCAUUAUCUAUCUUCUACAGGCACAGUUGAGGAAGCAGGACGGUGUUUAGGCAGCAAGGAGGUUCGCGUCAAUUGCUUGGAUGAGGUGAGACGGUCAUUUUUUAAAGUGGAGAUUACUUAAAGAUGAAGGAUCAGGCUGAUUCAGAUUGCUUACUUUUAUGUUUAUACUUACUCCCUUAUAUUGAACAAUAAUGCAAUUUUUUUUGUUUGUGCGGUAUGAAAAAUAUUAAAUGUAGGAAUAUGCCCUACUGUAUUGACCUAUUUUCUUAAACUGAGCAAAUGCAUCUUAUCUUGGUGUCAGUCAUUGUUAUGAACUCUGACCUUUGCACCUUGCAAUCGCUAUAGAGCGAAAAUGACAAACAGGCAGAAUGUUCUGCAUAUGGAGUUUAUGCCCUGGCUGUGCCAGGACUGAACUGGAUUGUGAUAUAAUUUAAAGGAACACUAUUUGGUCAGGAACACAAACAUGUAUUCCUGACCCUGUAGUGUUUAACCCAACCUUUCGGUGGCUUAGCCCCCUAUAGAAAUUUGAAACUCACCUUAUUUCCAGCGCCUCGCAGGUCUGCCAGUGCUGGCUCCGCCCCCUUUGUGCCAUCAUCAAAAUGCUGGAUUUUUAGCCAAUCCAAUGCUUUCCUGUGGGGAAAGCAUUGGAUUGGCUAAAACCAACACAGGGGCGGAGCCAAAUGCCAUUUUGACCAAUCAGGACCUCCUCGUUGAGAUGCAUUGAAUCAGUGCAUCUCUAUGAGGAAAUUUCAGCGUCUCCAUACAGAGCGUGGGGACGCUGAACGUCAGUGGUGCUUUUUCGUCAGCACUGAGCCAGGAAGCACCUCCAGUGGCCAUCUAAGGAGUGGGCCCUUGGAGGUGUCCCUAGAGGCAAUGUAAACACCGCCUUUUCUCUCAUUAAGCUGUAGUUGUUCUGGUGACUAUAGUGUCCCUUUAAUGAAUCUUUAAUAUACAAUUAAAAGAAAAUUCAGCAUCACUUAAAUCUUAACUUAUUGGUGAUUUUAAAUAAUCGUGACUGUUUCCAUUUACUACAUUAAGCGAGCACUAUAGCUAUGGAAAUACAAACCUGUAUUCCUAAUGCUAUGGUGUUCCUGUCCCUAAUUUAAUAGCCCUCCUCCCACUUUCGGGCAUAAAAAGGUUAAAAGCAAUUUUCACUCUCACCUGUUUCUAGGUCUCCUCCUCCCGCAACGUCAUGGUGAUUGGGGAACCUAAUGUUCAUGCGGGUCCAAGUGCUGUGCGCUCAUUAAUGCUUGCCCAUUGGAAAACAUUAAAUUAAUGUUUUCCUUUGGAGAAUUUCACAUAGUAAAACUCUGGUGGCAGCAGGAAGUGUCUCUGGUGGCUGUCUGGAAAACUGUAGUGUUUUACUUUGCAAGAAUAAUGGGACAGGGGCACUACACCUAGACCACUUCAAUGAGAUGAAGAGGUCUGGGUGCAUAUAGUGACCCUUUAGGUUUUUAAUUUUUUUUCCCUUACCUUUAUUCCAACCCCCUACUGCCCCUAUCUUUUUUUUUUUUUUUUUUUUUUUAGUAGUAUUUAAAAAAACAAAAACAGAAAAUAAGUAUCUCUAUUAAAGCACUUGGUUUGAUUUAAGUUUAAAAAGUUUUUUUGAGUUGGAAUCUUUAUAUUGAUGGCUUCAAAAUAUUAAAAAUAUUCUACCCUACUGUGCAAUGAGUAAACAAAAAUCUAACAAAUAAUUUCAGCAUGCAAACAUUUCACUUUUUAAACAAGUGUACAAUCUUGAGAAUCACACCAAAUAUUACUGCACAGAAGAUCAAUGUAUCCAGAAUGGAGAUUGCAAGCUGGGCAUUGUGACCUCUAAUUCAAUAUAUAGUUAGGUACUUGCAGUAUAGAAAAGUGAAGUAGUGUAAAUAUGUACGCUAUUGUCUCUGCUGUAGUUGCAUGACCAUUUUCCAUCCAAUACACAUUGGAGAUUAUUUUUUUCCACGGUAGAUGGAAUGCUUCCUCUGUUUCUAAGCGAUACAAGCGAUUACAACUCCCUGGUGAAAACUGGGGUUCAGAAAAGCUCGUGAGAGCAAUUUCUCAAUGUUUGUGUCUAUGGCCUACAUGUCCACUUAUGGUAAGAAGUAUACAAAUCAUUUUCCACAGCCUAGAGUAGUAGUAUUUAUAUAGCACCACAUAUUCAGCAGCACUUUACAGUUAUAAAAUGGGGAUAUUUAGAGGUGACGAAGUCCUUGCUCAAAUGAGCUUGCAAUCUAUUCACCAAUGUUGGUGCAGCAUAUAUAUAAUGUCAUGUGGUACUUGGCAAUGUUUUAAAUGUUGUGCAGCAUUUUAAAGGCCACAACUAUUCAUUUUAGAAGCCAGUAAGUACUUUUGUAAUUUUUGUUUGUUUUUUAUUAACUUUUUUUUUUUUUCUGUCCCUCUUCAGUCUUUCGCCCUCAUUUAACCAUUACAGGGAUAGUCAAGACACCAUACAGCCCACUGUAAUGGUUAUAGUGUCAGGACUCUCCUGGUGCCAUUUUGUAGUAAACAAUCAAAGCAUUUUUGAGUGUUUUGACCCUUAUGUGGGUACCCCAGGUGAAUUCGAUCCUGCUUCUAUUUCUGGGAUGUCGAAUUUCUCCUUGCAAAUUAGCUAUAUUAAAGGACCACUAUAUUGCCCUGAGGGUGCCCCCACCCGUAGGGUCCCCCUCCCGUCGAGCUCUAGGGGGUGGAAGAGGUUAAACUUAACUCUUUCUCCAGCGCCGGGCGGGGAGCUCUCCUCCCUCUUCUUCCGUCACCAGCUGACUGCGCAUGCGCGCGCAUUCAGCCAGUCCAUAGGAAAGCAUUAUCAAUGCUUUACUAUGGACGCUGGCGUCUUCUCACUGUGAAAAUCACAGUGAGAAGCGCCUCUAGCAGCUGUCAGUGAGACAGCCACAAGAGGCUGGAUUAACCCUAUUAUAAACAUAGCAGUUUCUCUGAAACUGCUAUGUUUAUAGAAAAAAGGGUUCAACCUAGCUGGACCUGGCACCCAGACCACUUCAUUAAGCUGAAGUGGUCUGGGUGCCUAUAGUGGUCCAUUAAGUUUGUCCCUAUUUAGACAAAACAGCAUCAACAGCCAAUGAAGUCCAUCCAAUCCUAAUGCAGAACAGGAAAGAGUAUAAUUAACGAGUCUUAAAUAAACUAGUCUUAAAUUAAUCAAAAUUGUGAAAUUAUAUGCCUUUCACAAUUUUGCAAAAUAAUAUGUAUUGUUAUAUGAUUCAAUUUAUCAGAAUAUAGUAUUUUUGAUGGGUUAAAGUCAUUUUCUGUUCAAUAAACCCUGAACCUUACUAUAUUUUAAUGAUAGACAAGAUGUUUGCUGGUUUUUGGGAGGGGGGGCUUUUGCGCAAUGUUGUGCGUUAUAGAUGUUGCAAUUUUACAUUUGUAAAGUACGGUCAUUUUUCAUACUUGUUUACAGAACAUACGUGUAGACUCUUCUUUGUUCCCAUGGCAACGUUAGUCAGAGGCCACAGAGUUUUUGUUUUUCUUUUCAAAGUGCACAGAUAUUUUAGUAAGCUGACCAGUAAUUUUCCUAACAAAUAAAAGCAAUUUACCUGUGUGCUUAAAGUAAAAGAACCAUGCAGAGCUGUCUAAACUGCACGUCAAUAAAGAUCUGUUAUGCUGGUUCCUGAAACCUCUUGCUAAAAUCAAUUCAAAAGUGCACUAUAUUGUUCGUGUUCUAAAUUAUUUUUUUGGUUCAUUGUCUUUAUUAUAAUAAGACAUGUUGUGUCACCCCAGGGAGAUUUCUUAAUUUUCAAGGAGAGGUUUUUAUUUUUUUUUUUUUGUUUUCACCUCUCAAAGUUCAAUAAAUACAGGUUAGAACAAAUGAACUUAAUCAUGAUUACAGUGUGAUGCUUGGUAGAAUUUGUAUGCCGUCAGAACAGAGGGUUUUAAUACAAGUUCAGUGUAGUUCAGCAUUCAUGCGUUAACGUUUGUGUGUCAUCUUGACGUAGACGGUGGGAAUACUCAGCACAACUCUUUGAAGGAAAUCAGUAGAAAUAAAGUAACUGCAAGAAAUCCUUGAAAAGAUUUGGCAUUCCAAAAGUUAUAUAUUUUAUUUAUUUAUUUAUAUAUAUAUAUAUAUAUAUAUAUAUAUAUAUAUAUAUAUAUAUAUAUAUAUAUAUAUAUGUGUAAUAUGAUAUGAAUUUCAUUUUUGGAUAUUUGUUUCCAAGUAAUGCAAUCCUCAAGCACUUUCAGGCCUUAGUAAAUAACUCUCUUUGUUUGGUUGAGCGACUGUAUUCCUUCUAAGCUUUGACGUUUCUGCAUUGGCCCCAGGGGUAGACUAGCUUCGACACUCCAGAUGUUGGGAACUCCAUCUCCCCUGAUGCUUUGCAAGCAUUUUGGCUGUAAAAGCAUUAUGGGAGACGCAGUUCACAACAUCUGGAGUGCCGAAGGUUGUUUACUCCUAGGCUAGGCCAUGGACCACACAUGCACAGUCUGCAGCUUCGUUUCCUGUUCUCAUGCCGCAAAGUGAUUGAAAUUGAUAAAUGCAUCUCAGAACGAAUUGUCCCAAGCUGGUUGAUUAACAGCCCGCUGGUUGAUUAACAGCCCAAGUGUUCUUUCUCUGUUGCAGCUAUUUUUUUUAAAAAUGCUGCUACUUUAGCUCAGUCUUAGCAAUGAGGGUGGAUUCAGGUUGCUCUAAGCUCCAUGCAUGUUGCAAUGAUGCAAAGUGCUUAUGGUGCUCAUAAUAACCCAUAUAAGAUUUUUAUUUUUUUCAGGACUCUUAUUAUGUUUACUUUUUAGUGGCUAAUUAUCAGGUCAUUAUCUAGACAAGUCUUGUAGAAACGUGCAGAAAACUACAAGAAGCUUGGGACCAUAUUAUCCACCAAUGCAACCAUUGUGUACCUUUAGAUGUUCAAAUGUUUUGAUCCACUAAUCCCAUAAUUCUAGAAACAACUAGGGGACCACAGUUUGUCACUCUUGUCCAAAGCCUUGUUUAACAUUGUGUGAAAUUUUUGUGAUGCCAAACAAUAAAUAUUCUUUUUUUAUUUCCGUUACAGCAUGGAAUGACGCCUCUGAUGCAUGCAGCCUACAAGGGGAAAGCGGAUAUGUGUAAAUUAUUGUUGCAACAUGGAGCAGAAGUGAAUUGUAAUGAGCAUGAACAUGGAUACACAGCCCUAAUGUUUGCUGGUCUUUCAGGUAUGAAUAGUCUUCAUUUAAUCGUCACACUAGACCCAUUAUCCACAACUGUGUGGCAGGCUGAGGGCCAAAUACACUGCAGAAUUACCAGAUUUCAGCCGAUUUGCUAAUUGGAUAUUUACCAAAAGGAAAUUUGUGGGGAAAUCUGUAGAUUUUUUGUAAACGUUUACAUCUUAUGCAGUACCAUCCAGUCUCUGGUUUAAAAUCGGCAAUUCACAGAUGUUAAUUUUAUGCUAACGGGGUUAUUUAGUUAAGUGAGGCUUUGAAUCCAAACGAGCCAGUAAUUGACUCCAUAGACUCACUUCUUUUUUUUUUUUUUUUCAUUUAUUGAUUUUAGAACGAUUUCCUCUUAGUUCUCCCUCUACUAUCUGAAAUGCUCUUGGGUGCAAGGUGAUACCUGGUCCCAUCAACACCCACAACCAAGGGCCGGUUGGAAAUGGCAAUUUGUGGCACCGGAUUGACACGUUUUGCCAUGUCUGCAUGAGAUAAAGUAGUCUCUACUCUCAUUAUCAUGUGUCUCUUUCGAUUCCUUUGGAAUUUCAUGGAAAUUCAGGCAGUCGUUAUGAGUUCUUCAUGAAUUAUCUUUCUUUAUGAAAAACUCACAAGUAAUAGUUCCGGUGAUGCAAAUUUAGGUGACCGUUAUGUUGCUCCUUUAAUUUACCUCAUUACUAGCUCUGCAGUGUUACAGUUUUUGUAAUUGCAAAAUGUCAGCAUUGCAGUGCCCCUUUAAUAUUGGAAGGUUUAUGCAAGUGUGUCUGUGUUGUCUGCUUUUAAAUAUCACAGUCUCCAUGGAUUCUAACAAAAUGAAUCCUUUGUAUUGAUUGUUUCCUACUAACUUUGCAAAAGAAUAGAUCUUUGUUACUCUGUCUACAAAUAUUUCCAUUUUGUUUAGCAAUGUCGUUAAGCGGGUUUUUUUUUUGUUUGUGUUUUUUUAAACCCCUUAAGGACACAUGACGGAAAUAUUCCAUCAUGAUUCCCUUUUAUUUCUGAAGUUGUGUAAAAAUCUUUUCCAAAUAAGGCCUCAAUUUUAACAUUUUUGGAUAAGCUUUCCAAAUUAUUUAAUAUUUUUGGAUACAUUUUUCAAAAUCUUAAAAUAUUAAAAAGAUCUAAAUAUUUUCAUUAAAAAAAAAAUUAUAUAUAUAAUAUUCUAUCAUUUUAAAAGUCUUUCACUAUUAAAUAAUGUAAAAAGCUUAUUCAAAUAUUCAUCUAAGGCCCAAGUUGCUGGGUAUUUUUUAUUUUUUUUUGGGGUAGGUCAUUUGCAGAAUUAGAAGUGUAAUGUUAACAGAAUUUUACAAUAAGAUGUUACUAAGUUUAUUAUCUCAAACCCCCCCACAAAUUACAAAAAGUUGAGCAUAAUUAUAGAUGUGAAAAAGUUGUAAACCUCCUAAAAUAGCACAGGUUUGGGACAUGAUCAAUACCUAUGAUCCAUAUGAUUGUAGCUCCAACUCCCAGCAUAGUUUACAAUGAAUAUCUUAGCAAAACCUCUACAUUUUGAUAAGAUAAGAUAGGUACACUACAACUGUGAGUGGUUGCAGGCCUGUACCAAUGUCGGGUAACCUGGGCUGAGUGCUUUUCAAGCUGGCACAGUCUUCUUUUUGACAGGACCUGCCACCUCUUCAUCUUUAUCACUAGAAUACUCCCUCCAACCCUCCCCCUUCCUGCUCUGCAAAACAACUUUACCAUGGUAAACUUAACCGUUCUACACCUGGAGACAACAUGUCUCUUACCUCCCUCCAAGGCCUUGUGAGGAAAGUACCUGGACUUAAAUGUUAAUACAAAAAUGUACGCACUACAGUACUUAUGUUUGAACAAUUGUUUGUACUCAUGUUUAAAGAAAUGUUUUAAUGGAAUGUAACAUUGUAAGAAAAUAAUAAACACAAAAUUAAAAAAAAAUAACUCUCUUCCUUCUAUUCGAUUGGUGUCCAUACAUGGGUGUCAAUCGUUCCCAAGAAGUAGAGUUUAAAAGAGGGAGGGAGAGAAAAAAAAAAAAAAAGAAAGAAAGAAAGAAAAAGAAAAAGAUUACUCCAAGAAUCAUUAAUAGUACCACCUGCUAUAUUGGUUAUGAUAGUUGGAGUACCUCGGUGCUGAUCCCCAGUAAGAGUGUAAAAUAUUUUGCAAUGGAUUUACUCUUACUGCUGCGGGAGCUGAUUCCUCCCCCCCACCUAAUGACAGCUGAACUGCAUCCAGCUACUGUAGAAUCCUGACAUCCAUUCAUUGGCUGAGAGCCAAUGAAAAUAUCAAAAUUCUUUAUUUAUUUUAUAAAACCUGACCGAUCUGAUUUAAGCCCUUUUGCAUGCCUGCUCCUGGUUUAUGAUCUACAGCGUAACCUGGGAAAUAUGUACUUAUUUAUUUUCAACUACGUAGUAAACAGGGUUCAAACUGUGGUUUUUAUUCUUUGUUCCAGUUUCUGAAUGUUUUACUUGUACAUCAGGUCAAACUUGUACGUAAUUGCCAGUUUGCCCUGUACAGAUGGAACAUUUAUUUCUGAACAUGGCUGUCACCCAAAUGCUAUUUAGGCUACAAAUGCUCACCGUAAAAUAUCUGCAGAUUAUGAUGCAGGAUGCGAGAUUUAGAGGUUAUUUUACCCCCCUUCACCCUCGUUGGGAUAGAAAACGACAUUCCAUGCAAUUCAACUACUGAGGUGGAGAAUUAUUGAUUGUUGUAUAAUGUGGCAUAUGUUUGCAAGAUUGGUUUCAAUGUUAUUAAAUUCUAAAACUAGGGGGGAAAACCAAACCUGUUUCUUCCUACCUUUAUUUUUAGUACCUUUACUUUAAUAAAUCAACCUGGGUUGUCAGUCCACCGCAUAUCAUUGUUAACACAGACAAAUCUCUGUGUGAACACUGCUACCAUGCUCAUUAAAAGAAAGAAUUCACAGCAACUUUUUAACGUUUUUUGUGUCUGUUUAUAUACAGGUAAAAAGGAGAUUGUCUGGAUGAUGUUGGAGGCUGGAGCUGAUCCUGAUGUAUUGAAUUCUGUUGGGAGAACAGCUUCUCAAAUGGCUGCCUUUGUAGGUAAUUGGGAUAAUAUAUGUUUUUACUUUUAAAUAAUUGUGGCCAUUUGUAGAAUGUGUCUCCGUAUAUUUGUCAGACUUUGUGAUGCCCUUAAUGUUUUGGUUGAAAUAUAUACAGUUUAAUUAUUGCACAACAUACAUCCGCUUAACAGUUUUAAUGAGAGGCUCUGGUAGAACACCAGAUUGGAAAAUAAACCAUUUUGUCUCUAAAGUACUAUCAACCAUUCUUGACACAUGUCAAGGUUGCUUUGUUUGUGUGGUGUACUGUGUUUUAGGUGUGUAAUAAACAUUCUCACUCCAAUAACAUGCGAAGCCCCAUGCAUAUGCACCGUGACUGGCUGUAUGUUUUGUUAUUUGUUAAUUUUUAUUUGCUUAAUGUUAACUGAGGGAAAUAGCUACAACAAUUUGUGAAACCUUUCUCUUUAUAGUCACAAUUUGGAUAAAAAGAUCCCCUUAAUCUAAGUGAAAGAUGAUCUGUUGUUUGAGAAUGCUACACUACAUACUGAUAAAACAUAUCUGGUCACUUGUACACACAGUACGUUUUUCUGAAAUCUGUUUUACAGAGAGAUAGUAGCUUGCUUAAACUCUUUCCUUGUUCUGUCGCACGUUAUUAUUAUUGUUAUAUUUAUAUAGCGCCAACAAAUUCCGUAGCGCUUUACAAUGGGCGGACUAACAAAAAUGUAAUCCUAACCAGACAAGUUUGACGCACAGAAACAGAGAUGUUGAGGGCCCUGCUCAAUGAGCUUACAUGCUAGAGGGAGUGGGGUAAAGUGACACAAAAGGUAAGGGUAGUAUUAGGGAAGUAGAUUGGCACAUCAAAAUCCAUCCAGCCUUCUCAGUAGCAGUUUUCUGGGGCUAUUUUAUGGGUUCUUAUCUGAUAGAGAGAUAUAUAUAUAUAUAUAUAUAUAUAUAUAUAUAUAUAUAUAUUAAUAUAUUAUAAUUUUUUUACUCCAUCCAUUAAGACCGUUCUUACAAAUAUUUUGGUAUCUGCUUCAAUUUCUACAACUUUCCACCCUGCCAUUUCACAUCCUGAUAGACAUAUGAGAUGCAGCAGAAAGGAUCAUAAAGCUUGCCUACCCCAACUUUCUAUAGGGAUCAUUCGAUUUAAACAUGACUAGGGUAUUAUCAAUUAAACCAGAAAACAGCUGACAAGGAAUAGAAAAUGUUAUUACUAAAUAACAGACUUGGAAAAGCAUCCGGAACUUUGUGGUGUUUUAUUAUUAGUGGGGUUUUUUUUCAGUUUGGCUAUCAAUUUUCCCAUACGUUUUCUAUUACUUAAAAAAUUUAGUCAAUAACCCCAAAAAUGUCUGUAAUUUAACUUUACUUACCUUUCUUCUUAAAUUUCUCCCUGUACCCCAAUUAGUGUAACCAUGGAUGGCCUGUAUCUAGCGACCUUACCCUGCCUAAGAAAAUUGUAGUCUCAUUAUUUUGUUUAUACCUUAAUGAGGCUAAACAUGUUUUUUCUUCAUGCUGCCUCUUAUCUUUAGAAUGUCGUUAUAUUAUGGUCCAUCCUCCACAACUGUCUUUUCCCUCUCAGAUUAUGAACUAUUAGAAGAAAGAAAUUGGCACACUAAUGUAUCCAUAAAUGUUGUACAUGUUUUGUAAUGUACUGCACUCCUCUACAGUAACAUUGAGUCUAGUAUCUGCUCUCAUUAUGUAUUGUGUACAGAUACAUUACAUGUAAAGAAGGAUACAAAGUUCACUUUUCAGAAUUCUAAAAUGGAGUCUCUGUGCUAAUCCCUCUUUACUCUGUUGAACAUAACUGAUCAAUUUUAUGGAGUCAAUGCAUUUAUAUGUUUCAGGCCAGCAUGAUUGCGUCACAGUAAUCAACAAUUUUUACCCUCGAGAAAAGUUGGACUAUUACACCAAGCCACAAGGGCUAAACACGGAACCAAAAUUACCUGUAAAACUGUCUGGUCCUUUGUACAAAAUUAUUACAACUACAAACCUUCAUCCUGUCAAGGUAAGAUGUCUUCCAAGUCCCAUAAUGCUUUGCUUUUAUUGGUGAUCAUUCCAUAUUAUGCAGAUCAUGUAGAAAACUUUUAGUUUUAGAUGGAAUGACGAACUGCAACAUGUUAAAAUUUGUGGAAUAGAUACUUAAGUAAAGUAGCUCUGUCACCCCAUGAGUAUUUCACAAAGAUCAUAUCUUUAUGAAAUAUCUUCAUACUUUUCAAUGUCAUUGAAAUUCCAGCACAGACAAGUGCAAAUAGUGCUUUUCAUACACUUGACAAAACUUGCCAAAAGGUGAAUCUACCUUUGUCAAGUUUUGUCAUUUUGUUCCAGCCAUCACCAGUGACCGCUAUAGGCAAAAGGCGCUGUCUAUGGAAGAUCGAACCUCCAUAGAUCUCAAAGUACAUGCACGAGAGAACAUCACUGACAUGGGCUCCUGGCAGAUGAAGUGCCAGGAGCUGAAAAAGACUGGCAAGAAAUGGAGGCCGCAAGUAACCAGUUCGGCUAAGUAUAACUCCACUUCCCCUACGGCCACCAGACACCGAACUGAACAGUCACCAUUGGGUGUCUUUGCAAAUUAUUCAAUGACUCCUGAUGCUGACAGAGCGGCUUUAAUAGUUCUUUCUAUGUGCUUGUUAAUUAACUCUGCUACAUAGUGCUGUUUAAAAUAUAUCAUGUUUAUAAUAUGGUUUGUCCACAAUGGAAUUUGCUAUCUUAUAUCUUUCAGAUAGUUUUUAUGGUAAAGGAGAACCCACUUUUGAUGGAAACAGAUGCUCUUAAAAAAUGCAGUAACGUGUUGGAUCAAAUCUGUGAAAAAUGUAUGAAGCAACAAGAUAUGAAUGAAGUUUUGGCUAUGAAAAUGCACUAUAUUAGUUGUAUAUUACAGAAGUGCAUUACCUACAUACAGGAGAAAGAAGAUAAACUGGACACGUUUAUAAAAAGGUGCUCCUAUUCUUUAACAUAAUAUGUAAUGUGUAAUUUUAAAAAUCUCUGUACACUGGGCUUUCAGCUUUCUGCAAGGUGCACUCUGGACACAUAAAGCACUUCAUCUUUUUUACAGUUUAUAAAAGUUCAAUUUCAUUAGAAAUUGGCAGUUUUAUAACUGCGGCAGAAACACUUCCCUGGCUGUCAGUCAAAUUGUCAGGUAAGUCGUCUUCUGCUUCCAUUAGCUCUACAGAGCUAACAGCAGUGGCAGGUAUGCUGGUCUAUGGUGUUUCUGCCUUCUUUCCUUCUCAGUGAGAUUUACUGUGAGACUCAGUGAGACACUAUUAUGUUUUUACAAAACAUGGGCCUCUCCUUGCCAUCUGGUCCAUUUGCAGGGCCUCUUUUUUCCCCCAGCUUCGAAUGUGGAUAACCCUGUUCCAUCCAUUUCACAAGCUUCACAGAGUCCUGGAUGAGUGUUGGAGACGAACUUCUGUUGAAUCAGGUAUCAGUUUAAUGUCCAACUGUUACAACAGAAGCUUCCGCACCCCUCUCUUUUUAUGUGUUUGAGUAUUGGCCAGCACUCCGUCGUUUUGAGUUCUUAAUCCUGUCUUCAGUCCUUUUCUCAAUUACUUAGAUUGCUAGCCCUAACCUCUGAACAUCGUCAAUAUAUUGAGUCAUUGUAUUAUAAUCGUGAAUUGGGCAUUGUGACCUUAGUGAAUACUGACCAUGUGUCAGGGUAGCGGUACGGACACCGGAACCCCUUAGUGCCUGAUGAGAAGUUAGGAGUCUUCAGCGUGGAAGUGGAUUAUCAGGGCCUGGUGCAGGGCAACCACACGCCCUUUGGUGUUGAGCACCAGCAUUUGUGCAGCCACAUACCAGAACCCUGAUGCAGCUACAGCGGAUGCCAGGAACUAGAAGCUAGGAAGUAAGCAGACCUCCCAGGAGCUGAAUAGGGAGGCUCUGCAACAGACAUGUAUCCAGUACAGAAACAAGGCAAGACUAGAGAUAGGCACCAAACAUGGAAACAAGACAGAACUAGAAGAACCCAGAACCAGAGAAGGAUAGGAAGCUAAACCCAGGACAUGUACAUAAUACAUAAGGGAACAUUAACUAAACAGGGGCAUGACAGGACUGUACAUGGACUGGGAUUACAAAAUAAAACAAGACAAAAUAUGAUAGGCAAAACAAGAGGAGAAAUAACUAGGCACUAUAUAUGAAAAGUAUGGGGAUUUAGUUACAUUAUAUGAUUAUACAUUGCAUAAGCCUGCUACAACGCCAAUGUACCCAAUAUUCAGCAGGUCCUACUCUUCCUAAUGUUCACUAAAAGAACCACACUAAACCACAAUAGCACUUACCUGCAAGAAAGGGCAGGACCCUGAAACAAAAAGGAAUGAUGGAAAACAAACAGGUGUGGGAACAUAAAACAAACAUUUAAAUGAAUCCAAGAGACUGGGAAACACAGGGAUGGAAUAUAAGAAUGAACCCAGAAACCCAGCAUAAAGAAAACCAGACAUGGAAUAGAAAACCUGAAAAACUAAGCAAGGAUUGUAAAAAAAAAAAAAGUACUGGAUACCAGAAGCCAAGUCAGAGAGCAGAGCAGAGCAGAGCAGAUCCUGACACCAUGCCAGGUCUCCCCUAGAUAGGCUGCCUUUUUAUUCAAUCAAAUUUAUAUUUAUAACCCUCCAGAAGCUUGUUAUCCUAGUACCCCAGUGUCCCUCAUGCACUCUUAUUUUAAAAAUUCAGGCUACAAUACUUUACAUUUUUUCAUGUACAUUGUGCCUGCUUAAUAUUGCACAUUAAGAAAAAGUUUUUAGAUUGUCUAGAUAAUUUUGCUCAUUACGAUCAGCUUGCUAAGACCUAAUAAGAUCAAAUGGUAUUUGUUGCCGUGUGGUUCUCCAAAUGUUAAUUUUAGAUUGCAGACAACACUUAACAGGAUCUCUCAUUUUUUCUGAAAAAUAUCAAAAAGAUCCAAGAUGUACAAUAAAUUAUACUACUAAAAGUAUAUUUGUAAACCAUAACGUUAAUAACUUCCAUCAUGUGUUUACCUUUCAGUUUAUUAAAGGGCAGAGAUUCUGAUUGCUUCCCAGUGUUCCAAGAAAAAUUAAUCCGAGAGAGUAUCAGGAAAUUCCCCUAUUGUGAAGCAACACUUCUACAACAGCUUGUGAGAAGCAUUGCACCUGUCGAAAUUGUAAGAAGAAAACGUUUACCUUCUAAAUUAGGACCAAGGCUUUGUACUAUGGCUAUUAGCAGAAAUAAUGUUAUAUAAUUGGUAGGAUAUAGUCUCCUUAGAAUUGUAUAUUUGUAUUGUAAUAGCAGACAUAUAGAGACAGAGGAGAAAGCAAACUAACUCAUCCUUGUCAGAAUUCCGUAUUCUGGUUGGCUGCCUGGUGUUUAAGCCAAUCAAAAUGCAGCUGCAUGUAAAAAGCUACCAGUGACCAGAAUAAAACGUAGACCUUAGUGAGCCAAUAAACAGAAAACGCAUGUCCUGCAACAAUGUUGACCUUCUAAAAAUUCGAUUUUUUUUCUAUACAUUUGAUGCUUCACUGCCUCUUUUAACUCAAACAUUUUGCCUAGUUACAACAUUUGCAUUUUUUUUCUGACUUUAAAAAUAUAAUGCUCACCAAGAAUGUGGUUAUAUUACUACAUCAACUAUUCAUGACCGUAUUGUUUUGUUUUUUAAUAAAAGGUUUAUUCUUACUUGGAUAAUUUUAACGUAGAUUUUAUUGGUGAUUGGAUCUUUCCCUCAUUAACCCUUUUAUUCCUCCAGGGAUCUGACCCUACGGCCUUCUCUGUACUGACCCAAGCAAUCACUGGCCAAGUGGGCUUUAUAGAUGCAGAAUUUUGUACGACCUGUGGAGAAAAAGGGGCAAGCAAAAGGUGCUCAGUGUGCAAAUUGGUAAGUUCAAUAUGCUCGUUCCUUAUAUAGUGUCACAUUCUAAAAUGAUGUUCUAUUGCUGUGUAUGUUUAUUACUCUCCUUACUCAGUACUUGAUGUUCUAGUGUCCAGUGCAUCUUGGGCUAUGGGAAGCAUUACUGCUGUUCUUGUCACUAGCAUUGUAUAACAUGGCAGGUCUGGCUGUAUCUUAGUGACAGGGAGUAUACGCUGUGAAUUAGAUGUACGUCUGGACACUGUUUCAGAACUGUUAUGAUUCACUUCUAUUAUGGCACUUUGUACCUUAUAUCCACAAAACAAUGUCUGAUGUGUUUGUGUAGUGACUUAGUGCAGUGAUUCUCCUCUGGUGCAGAUUACUGGUAAGAUUUGCAGGUCUAAGGACAAGUACACAGUGUGUACAUACAAUAUACAUGAUUCCACUGUGUGUGUGUAUAUGUAUAUAUUAAAGAGAGGAAAAGAGAACUCUUAAAGAUUGUUUUAAUAAUAACAGGAUACUUUAAUUCCAGCUUAAAUAGAGACUCUUAGUCCAAAACUGCAUAAUUUGUUAUUAAAUAUAAUUUAUUGUUGCCCCAAAAAUAUGAAUUUACUAAAAUUUGCACAAAUAUUUUUUAAGGCUUCCAUAGCUGCAGAACUGACCUCUGCAACUACAAAAGAUCUACCUCACUGUUCCCAAGUAUUUACUACUUGUUGAUGCGGAACAUUGUACAUUGAAUUGGGACAUCUGGUUGUUUAAUAAGAAGCCAUGCAGGGUUAUUCACCAACAUUUGACUUGCCUGGAACUCAACAUGAAUCUGAAAUUGUAGGCCAAAGUAACUGAUGUGUUUUUACAAUACAUCAUUGACUUGUAUGCACCAAUGAAAAAGUAUCGUAAAAAGUAUGAUUUAUAACAUUUGGCUUUGUUUUGAAGAUAAAGGCUUUGAUUUUUAUACAUUUUGUAUAUAGACUUCCAAACAAGCAGAGGUUUUUUUUUUUUUUCUCUUAUACUAAAUAUAGGGAGUGUUUUAUGCAGGAUCAACAUAGUACAUCUCUCCUUAAUUACCUUUAACAACCCCAAGCUUUUUUCUUAUCAGUACCUUUUCAGUGGUAGAUCAUUUUUAUGCAGCUCUACACAAUGACUGUUAAUGUAUUUUUCAUCCUAGUGUUGUGCUUUGCAGUUAUUACAUUCGUUUUAUAAUUAUAAUUUUAGAACUCCAUUAAGGUAAUUUUAACAAAAUGGUUUAAGAAGAUAAUUGAUAAGUUAAAAAAAAAAAGUAGUUUUGCAUUUUACCAUUCUGUUCAGUGUAGCUCAGUCCUCUGAUAAUUUUAUAAAGCCAGAAAACCUUUUAUAUCCAUCUACAAUUCUACAGUAUAAUCGCAUACUGGUUCCCGAACCAGAAUUAUUCUAAGAGGCUUAUUUACAAACCCCAAGCUGGUCUUAAUUUAACCGAAAAGUGUACCUUAAAAAUUCACACAGAAAACAACCCUUACUCUAUUAUUUAUUUGUAUUUUUUUUUAUUACAAAAAUGUAUGUUACAAAUAUUCAGACAAAUUUAUACAUAUUCUCUUAUAAAUACGGUAAUUUAUAACUGAAUAGAGACAAAAAAACUAAAUUUAUUGGUGAAAGUGCUUUGGGCACAUAAACUUUGCCCUAAACCGUAAAUACAUCCUUCUAAACCUGCUAACAUUGGGAGGUGUUAAAGGGACACUAUAUGCACCAAAACAAUGUUAGCUUAAUGAAGCAGUUUUGGUGUAUAGAUCAUGUUCCUACAGUCUCUCUGCUCAAUGCUUUGCCAUCCAGAAAUCACUUUGUUAAUGCAUUCCAAGUCAUGCCUCCCUGCAUGUGGUGCAUGUGACUUACACAGUCUCCCUACAUAUUUCCUGUAAAAAGAGACCUUAAUGUUUAAUUGUUGCAUGGUCUGUUUAACCCCUUAACGGCCGGGGACGUACUAGGUACAUCUGAAAAAAAAUGGUUAACGACCACGGAUGUACUAGGCAAAAAGGACACCUUUACUUACCUGGAUCGGCGAUCCCAGUCGGGGCGGACUGCUCGAGAUCCCAGCAGUCCCACUGCAGCAGCUCCGGCCACCUAGGCCCUCCAGGGCCAUGUGAUCAUCAUGAUCACAUGGCCGCAACAGGAGUCUAUGGAGCUGCCAGCAAGGGGACUGUCUGAGCUGUCAGGCAGUCCCCAAGGCUGCUAAAAGUGAAAAAUAAAUUAAAUAAUGAAAUAAAUAUAUUAUAUAUGUAUAAUAUAUUAUAAAAUAAUUAAAGCAUUUUAUAAUAUAUUAUGCAUAUAUAUAUAUAUAUAUAUAUAUAUAUAUAUCACUAUAAGUGUACUUUGAGAUAUAUACACACAAAUCUCAAAAUACACUUCUAAUGUAAUCAGAUAUAUAUGCAUUAUAGAUGUAUAAUAUAUUAUGAAUGCUUUAAUUAUUUUAUAAUAUAUUAUACAUAUAUAGGAAAUAAGUGUAUGUAUGUGUGUGUAUAUGUGUGUGUAUAUAUAUAUAUAUAUAUAUAUAUAUAUAUAUAUAUAUAUACACACACACACACACUUUUUUUUCCUAUAUAUGUAUAAUAUAUUAUAAAAUAAUUAAAGCAUUUUAUAAUAUAUUAUACAUAUAUAAUGCUUAUAUACAUAUAGUUAAUGCAAUUAAACACAAAUACACACACCAGGCAAGCCAUAAGACGUGCUCUUACCACAGAAAUCUCACUUUAACAGUGCUCUCACUAAUGCAAGGGAUUCUGGGUAGGCGUAUGCAAAUGAUCUCAACAAAGACACACACACACACACACGUAUUAUCUGUGUGUGUACACAUUCUACAUAUAUAUUUAACUAUUAAUUUUACAUAAUUAUUUGAUAUUAUAAUUGGAGGGACCUGCCUGACAACCCAGGCAGAGAUUCCAGAGAAUUUAAUUGGCAUGGCCUAACCCUGUAACGUUCCAAAACACCAUAAAACCUGGGGGGGGGGUGUUGUUAUACUCGGGAAACUUCGCUGAACACAAAUAUGAGUGUUUUACAAAGUAAAACUUAUCACGACAAUAUCACCAGUAAAAGUGCCGUUUUUGUUUAAAAAAACAAACAAACAAACAAACAAAAACGCUAACUUUGGCCAGUGUUCAUGACUAAGUGGCUACUACAAAAGACUGGACAUAAGCCAUUUUGAAUACCCUGGGUUGUCUACAUUUGCAAGUGGGAUGCCAUGAUGGGGUUAAUUCACAUUCCUGGGCUACCAGAUGGUCUCAAAAUGCAACAUAGACCCAGCAAACCAAUCUGGCAAACGGAAAUGGGCAAGCCCUGUAACUUUCCAAAACACCAUAAAACCUGUACAUGGAGGGAAUUGUUAUACUCUGGAGACUUUGCUGAAAUAUGAGUUUUUCAAAACCGUAACACACAUCACAGCAAUAUAAUUGUCAGUGAAAGUGACUUUUUUUGCAUUUUCACACAAACGGCACUUUAACGGAUAUUGUUGUGAUACAUUUCACUGUUUUGAAACACUAAUAUUUGUGUUCAGCAAAGUCUCCUGAGUAUACAAACCCCCCUCUCCCACCCAUGUAGAGGUUUUAUAGUGUUUUUGAAAGUUACAGUGUCAAAUAUAAGGCUUGAUUUUCCGUUGUUUCACAGUGAAAUUUGCCAGAUUGGUUAUGUUGCCUUUGAGAGCGUAUGGUAGCCCAGGAAUGAGAAUUACCACCAUGAUGGCAUACCAUUUGCAAAAGAAGACAACCUAAGGUAAAAAAGACUGGACAUACCCCAUAUUGAAUACUUUGGGUUGUCUACUUUAAAAAAAAAUAAAAAAAAUAAAAUGUACAUGUGAAGUGUGAUUCAGAGAUUGAUGACAGAUAAGUGUUACAAUGUCACUACUGAUACAUUUAAAAAAUGUAAAUUGUGAAAUAGAAGAAAAACAAGUUACCUGCGCUCUCUCCUUAAUCUCUAUGUAUUUUUAAACAAAUGGAGGUUUUUUUGUUACCUCCAAUGGUCAUGAGAGGAUGACCCAGGUGGGUCCUAACUAACCAUUCACCUUGCUUCCUUGAGCUUCUGGCAAAGAUCUCUGAGACAGAAAGGGGUAUUUUUUAUAUACACCCCUAUAUAUUAUUAACACUUAAUAGGGAACACAUGGGAUGGGUGGCUGCAUUGUAACAAGCCUGAGUGAAGGUAUCGUAUAUACUCGAGUAUAAGUCGACCCGAAUAUAAGUCGAGACCCCUAAUUUUACUCCAAAAAACUGGGAAAACUUGUUGACUCGAGUAUAAGAGUAGGAUAGGAAAUGCAGCAGCUACUGGUAAAUUUCUAAAUAAAAUUAGAUCCCCCAAAAAUUACAUUAAUUAAAUAUUUAUUUUUUGGAUAUAAUGAAUGCAGUGUGUGUGUGUGUAUAUAAUGCAGUGUGUGUUUAUUAUUAUUAUUUUAAUAUUAACUUUUUUAAUAUUGUUAAUAUUUUUAUUUUAUUUUAAUAUAUUAUUUACAUUUUUAUUUAUAUUUUUUUCGUCCCCCCUCCCUGCUUGUUAGCUUGCCAGGGAGGCAUGGGCUGUGUAGGAGGGGGGCUGGCAGCGAGCUGUAACUUACCUUUCCGGUCAGCUCCCCUUUCAGCUCCCACUGUAAGUCUCGCGGUGUGACUGCUGCGCGGAGACCCCGCGGCUCUCGCAAGACUUACAGUGGGGAGCUGACCGGAACGCAGGAGAAGGGAGCUGCAGGAAAGGUAAGUUACAUCUCACUGCCAACCCCCAACAGGACUGCCGGGCUUGUAAUGAGCCCGGCGGUCAUGGUCUGUAUUAUGGCAAUGUAAGUUGUCAUAAUACAGACAGUGACUCGAGUAUAAGAUGAGUGGGGGGUUUUCAGCACAAAAAAUGUGCCGAAAAACUCAUCUUAUUCUCGAGUAUAUACGGUAACUUGUUUUUCUUUGGUUUUUACUAUAUAUUGGGGCUGAUGUGUACUGUAGUUUUUGCUGCUGCCCAGUGAUGGGAGUGAUCACAGGACUAAUCUUUCUGCAUUUGUAUCCAUUUUUUGAAUCACUCAGCCUUGUUACAAUGCAGCCGCCCAUCCCAUGUGUUCCCUAUUAAGGGUUAAUAUAUCUGUCAUAAAUCUGUCAUGGUUUUUACUAUAUAUUGGGGCUGAUGUGUACUGUAGUCUUUGCUGCCGCCCAGUGAUAGGAGUGAGCGCAGGACUUAUCUUUCUGCAUUUAUGUUGUGAAACAGCAAUGUCCUACUUGUACUUAUAGCCCUAUAACUUGCACACAAAAAAAAGCUAAGAACAUGUUAACAUUGGGUAUUUCUAAACUCAGGACAUAAUUUAGAAACUAUGUAGCACGGGUGUUUUUUUGGCAGUUGUAGAUGCGUAACAGAUUUUUGGGGUCAAAGCUAGAAAAAGUGUUUGUUUUUUUUGUUUAGUUUUUUUCCCAUCGUAUUUUAUAAAAAAAAAUUUUUAUAGUAAAUUAUAGGAUAUGAUGAAAAUUAUGGUAUCUUUAGAAAGACCAUUUAAUGGUGAGAAAAACUGUAUAUAAUAUGUGUGGGUACAGUAAAUGAGUAAGAGGAAAAUUGAAAAGCGGUUUGGUCACUAAGGGGUUAAUUUCUUAUCUACUGCUGUGACUGGUUUUACUUUUUAUUUAUUAUUUAUUUAAUUUUCAUUAUUUCUUCCAGGUGAUCUACUGUGAUCAAAACUGCCAAAAACUUCACUGGUUUACACACAAAAAGAUAUGCAAAAUACUGAAAGAGAAAAGGGAGAAACACGAGCUAGAAGAUGCCAAAGAGAAGAAGAGGCAAGAAAAAUAUAAUAACCAAGGUCUGUGUAUUGGGAUUGUAUAUAUACAUACAGGCUUCUGUUUGUAUGAAAGAAAUUUCUAUAACGUUGGGAUUAUAAAUCUGUAUUCCUAUCGUUAUAGUCUUCCUGUUCCUAGUAGUAUUGGAUGUCCCCCACGCCUUUCGAGAUUAAAAGGGUUUAAAACCUUUUUAUUUAUUUAUGUUUAUUUUUAAACUUGCCUUGAUCCCGUUCAAAGGCUCCCGCUGCUGAUCUCUUCUCCCGAGACAUAGUAACGGAGGAGGACCUGUGUGGUCUCAUAGAGGAGUGGUGGUGGUUGCGGAGCUCGCAUUUAUUAUUAGGAAAGCAUUGAGUCAAUGCUUACCUUCGGGGCUUCCGGAUCACAUGACAGUGUUACGAAAGCCCCUAUAGUGGCUGUGAGUAUGCAGGGUUAAGAGGACAGGGACACUGCACCCCUACUACUUUAUUGAGAUGAAGUGGUCUUGGUGACUGUAGUGUUCCUUUAAGGGUUUUGAUUUUUUUCCCCUGCUUAAUUGUAUUUUAUUAUAAUACUAGGAACCUAGAAGCUUUAGUGCUUUGUGAUCCAAUGAUUUCUCAUGUCCUUUUCCUCUGUCAACAGAAAUAGAAAGGUCCUGAGACAAAGAAGCAGUUAAUUCUCCAAAGUUAUAGAACUAAUGUAAAAGCCCCUAACAAAUCCAAUUGGCAGCGACUGUUAAGUUUAAACAUUUCCCAUAGCAAAUUGGAGACGAGAAACACUGCGUUUUAAUGCCAUAUGGUAAAUACUUCCAUCACAUUGGAUGCAGCCGCUAACUCACUCAACUUGACACCUGUUUAAGCUUGUUGUGAAGCUGAAAAGACAAGUUAGUGACUGUAAACUCCCAAUAUAUCCGAUAGAGCAAAACACAUUUAUUCUAUAUUUAAAGGAAUACUCCAGAAAAAACACAAUUAUUCUAUAUUCCCUAGGCACCAUAACAACUGCAUUCUUACUGCAAGGGGUUAAACCAUUCUCAAGCGGUUUAACCCCAAGGUUGUCUCCAGUGUCAAUCAUCCAGCAUCUGAUAGUUCACUUUCAGCAAGCGUUGAGUGCUGCCGGGCAGGGGGCAUCACUGAUUAGCUGAGAGCGCAUUAACCCAAGAAAGCACCCUGGGCCUCCUGGUACCAUAACAACUUCAUUUAAUUGUGUUAUGGUGUCUAAACUGCCCAUUUAAAUGCUGAAGCCUGUGUAUAAGCAUAUUACUGUAUAUAGGCACAGUCAUUUUCACUAAAUUACUGUGAAGUAUUGCAAGUCACAGACACACUAAGGGGUUCAUUCAGUAAAAAGAAAAUUGUAGUAAACUGAAAACUAAGAUCUAAAGUUCUAAAAUAUCAAAGCGUUAACUCCUUUUAUCUUUGUCUAAAGUUUAAAAAUUGGGAUUUAAUUCACUAGGACUUGCUGUUGUGUGGAUAAUCCUUUAUCGGCGGUUUGCUCACAUGAUCUACCUGUUGUUGUUUUUAUCAAUUCUUAAUGUGAUGUGAGUCAUAGUUGCAGUUUAGCAAUGUUACAAAGUCUUCACUUAGCUAAAAUACCCCAUAGCGAGCAGGAACAUGAUUUAUGGCUGGAGCAUAAAUCAUGUUCCUGCUUGUGGUCCUCCACAAAUAAAGGUGGUGCUUGUAGCGGAAUGGAUGCUCUAGCUACUUUUUUAUUCCCUUUUGUUUCGGCUGUCUGUACACCCCUUGUUUGUUUUUAGAACCAAAUAUGUGUGUCCCCCCAGAUUCCUUUUUGUAUUUUGGUUACCCUGUGCCCAUUAUUGGUGCAGGGUAUGUUGAAUUGCUUGUCUGUGCCUCUCACCCUCCCCCUUUUUCCUGUCCUAUUGUUUCACCAGCAGGGCGCUGUCCCAGAGAUACUGCCAGACCAGUUUAAACCAGCUGCUUUGUCCCUCCUCAAUCUCCCAUAAGCCCUUACUAUUGUCUGACCCCACCCUUCCUUAUAUUAUACUACUCUAUGCACCAUUGUAUGUAAAUGAGGCUGUUGGGGGCUUUAAAUCAUGUGUACUAUGUCUAGUAAAGUCAGUUGACCCCCAGAACUCUGUGUCGUCCAGUUACUGGGGGAAAGUGCCUUGGGAUAUUUUAUUGUUUAUUUCAGCUACAAGCACUAAACAGGGGAGAUACCUAUGCUAAGUACUGGAGCUCCGCUACAAUGCUAAUCUGUAUAAUAACACUGCACCACUACGUAGUAUGAAACCAAGUUCAAAGCUACCUUGAAAAAAAUAUUCUAAGACCAAAUAUCAGAACUUUGUGUGUAAUAAAUGCACCAACACGGCAACGUGGAGCCCUUGUUCAUUUAUUUAAGCACAAUGUAAAUUCACUUUUCAUGUGAUGAUGGUAAAUAACUUAACUCUCUGUUUUUUGUUUUUUAGAUCUGUGAAGUAAUUUUAUUUUUUUUUACAUGUGAAAGUUAUAAUUAUCAUUGCUCGCAUUUGUGUGAAGUACUACCAAAUAAUACUACCUUGAAAUAUUGUUCAUAUAUAUAUUUGUAAUGAGACACAACAGGCAAGUCUUUUUCAAGGGUUUAUUUCGAAACCAAAAGGUGACAUUUAGGCUUCUCAGUUUUGCGAAAGGCUCUGUGUGUGUUGAAACAUAACCUGCUGGUUUGAAUAUACAUUAUUGAAAAUGACUAACCUACCUUGUCACUGGAUUGUCCUGUUAUACGGAUGAGUUUGGCUGCCCCCGACAAGUGAGACUAGUCUUUGGUCCUUUUAGCCAUUGGAUUUUCAAUUAAUUACAAUUUCACAGUUUAGUUAAUAAAUACACCGCAAAAUAUAUUACUCAAAGUGCAUUGUUACAGUUAAUUUAUAGACUGUUAAGAGCAGCCAGGAGUUGAAUAUGUGGGGUUAGGAAACAUCAGAGCAUUUUCCAGGGUACAACAGCAGUCUGCAAUGCCCUGUGAAAUACUGAUUUCUGAUGUGUUGUGUUUUUUUUUUGUUUGUUUUUUAAGAACAAUAGACAGAAAAUCUGAGAAAUAUAUAUAUAUUUGCAUAGAAAUCAAGCUAGUUAUGACGAGCAAUUCUCUUUCCCCAGGGUUGUAAACAAAAGCUGCUCAUUUAAAAUGUCAUUGGAACUCUUUAAUUAAUUUUUCUUGUAAAUGUCACUGGAAUAUUACAUUCUAAUAAUGGUAAACAUGUGAUUGGAUUAUUUUAGAACAAUGUGCUCUUCUACAGAUGCAUUUGAUGUUGAUCUCAAAAUGCAUUGGAAUGUUUAUAUAAUGCUGAAGAAUAACAAUCUCUGUUGGUGUUUUAAUAGAGACGUGUCACCAAAAUAUUGAAUAUAAUAAUGAUAAUUUAAAAUAAUCUAUCCACUCUGCUUACUAAUGUGUAAUUCAGGGGUUCUUCAGAAUUAUAUUUUAAAUACUUUCAGGAAUGAUGAGGAAUUAAAAAUGCAGAACAUAAAAAAAAAAACCCAAUAAAUUAUAAUUAAAAAAAAGAAAAAGUGUGUGUGUGUGUGUGUCUGCACUCAACAACUGCAUUCCUUUUUACUUGCCUCAGUGCAAGUCUCUGGCCAAAAUGCACAUACCAAGUAAUGGACUGAAACUUUCAUAUUGGAUUUGUAAGCUGUGUGCAGAGCAGUUUCAACAAAUACAGCAGUUUUUUGUUGUUUUUUGUCUAAAUCAGUCCUGUGAGUGUUACAUAGCUGAAAAGAGACUUACGUCCAUCAAGUUCAGCCUUCCUCACAUAUGUUUUUGCUGAUGAUCCAAAAGAAAGCAAAAAACCCAGUCUUCCAAUUUUUGCAACGAACCAGGAAAAAAUUCCUUCUUGACCCCCAAAUAGCAGUGCUUCUAGGUUUGUGUGUUUGUUUGUGUAUAUCUGUAUGUAUAUGUGUGUGUGUGUGUGUGUGUAUAAAAAUAUGUAUGUAUUUAUCAGUGUGUGUGUAUGUGUAUAUAUAUAUAUAUAUAUAUAUAUAUAUAUACACACACACACUUAUUUUUAAUUGUGUAUUUUUUAUUUACGUAGUGAUUUAAAUUUGCACAAAGUAAUUGCUUUUUUUUUUUUGCACUCUGUUUUCAGAGGAGGCCAAGGGUGAUGAGUCAAGUGUAUCAACGACGGAUGUCUCACUGGAAGGUAACACAAAAAUACCCAAAGACGCUAUCGUCAGUGAGUCACCUGGCACUGAAGAAGACAAAGAAACCAAAGAGCUUUCUUCCACACCUCUUCCCACAGAAGGCCCAUCAGCUGAAUCUAAUCUGUCUCACACACCCAAUGAAUCUGAAGAAUAAGGAGGAACUAACCUGAUCAGCUUAUGCCGCAUUCUGCAGACCACCCCAAUCUUCAUUAUUAUUUUACAUUAAACCACCACAAGUAUUUUUCUGAAGGCUUCUGGCAUGUAUAUGGUUUAGCAAGGUGUUUUUUUUUGGAUUUCCUCCCUCUACAUACUUCUUAAAUAGUAGACACUGCUUGGGUUAUUCACUAAACUCUGAAUUGCUGUGGACUGAAACUGGAUUGUAAAUUCAUAGCCGAGCUGUGGCUGAGCUGCAGAUUGUUUUUUCACAAAUCUGCUCUUUUUUCCUGGGUUUUGCAAUUCUGUUCUCAAUGCACAACAAAUUGGGAUGUAGUGAAUGUACACAAAUUGAGAAGAAUACAGGGGGAAAAAAGGAAAGACCGUAGGGACAAACCUGUAUGCCUUCUGGUAUUAUUGUUCAACUAGUAUUUUCUUAUUUGGUCACCUAUUAAUAUUGUACUGUUUGGAAUCUUUUAGAUCUGCUACUUGAUUUUCCUCUAAAUGUUUUUUUCCCAAGAUGUUAUACCUGGGGUACAAUUUUCUGUAAUCUGUUGAGGGUAUUCUAAAAAUUCUUCCAUGAUAACAAUGGAUAGAAUUGUAAAAAUGUCUAUAAUUUGUUUUGCGGGAUAUUGGAGCCCAUGUGAUACACGCGGAAUGGUAGCCAGCUAAAUGAAGAGCAGCCUAAAAAUAUUGCCUCUCCCAUAUCUUCCCUUAUUUUAUUUUAUCAAUGGGUUAUAGAUCAGGUCACAAAUAAGUUUUGCUUAUUUCCUUUUUCAUUUCCACAACAAAUUUGUUUUUCACUUCAUUAUUGUUCACAAUUUCUCUAGCUGUAAUUAUAACAGUGAUUUUCAUCCAAAAAUAUAAAUCACAUCAUCUUAAUGCACCGUGGCUUCCACAUUGAAUACAGUUUAAACCAUAGAUUCCAAUGUAACUACUCAUAUUAUGUAUUGGAUUUAUAGUGAGAAAAUCCAAAAAUCGAUGCAGAUCUAUGUAAUAGUCUUCACUGGCACAGGUUUCUAAAAUAUAUUUAAAAAAAUGUAAAAAAAAAAAAAAAAGGUAAAUAGAUUGACUGUCUGUGUCAUUUAGCAAUGCAAUAAGAAAUUGAACAUGUGAAAAUAUUUAUACAAAAUAGAUGUCUGUUUUGUUCGAUUUCCAUAUAUUAUAAUGUGCCCCCUGAGUAUUCUGACAUUCCGUGACCAGCAGUAGCUUCAUAUAAGUGAUCAAUUUCAAUGGUAAUAUUGUUGUUUAUAGUUUAAGAAAAUAUUGAUCCAUGUUUUCUUUAUUGAUUUAUUUCAUCGGUGACGGUUAAUAUGGUUUGGACUUCAUCUAUUUUCUUUAUAUAUGAUAUUUAGAACUUGUUCUUCCUUCAUUUAAUAAAACAUAUGACUACUUACCAGCCCUAUGAAAACUGGUGAUAAAACUAAAUAUUUUCAGACCUACAGACUUUAAAUAUAUUUUUAUUAAAGCUAGAAUGUAAAACAUGUUAGAUUGUACAUAUGCAGUUGCUUGCUAAAUUCAGUAGGUUAUGUUUUGUAUUUGUCACUUUGGCUUUUUUUUGUCGCCAUCUAGUGUCUGAAUAAAUGUCACCUGAAUGUAUUUCUUAAAACCUCAAUUUCAAAUACAGUCAAUGGUGUAAUUUACUCUGUUCAAUUAUAUAGUGUUCAUUCAAGGUUAAUAGUUUUUCAGAAAUGCUAAUAAAAGUUAUAAAUAUUAUUAGUUUUAGGCUUUUUCCACUCAAAAAUGCUUCUGCAUACAAUAAAAUGAUAUCAAAAACAUUUUAAAUUAAUUUUCUUUUAUGCCCCAUCAUUUAACAUUCAUAUCUCGUAACUCUUUAUGUGCAGGAAUCAAGGGGGUCAUUUCAUGUCAAGUGAUCCAAUUUUGUUCUUUAAUUUAUUUUUUAUUUUUUUACGUUGAUAUUACAAUUUUACUAAAAUAUCAUGUUUAAUAGAAGCUGACAAUACAUCUUAAAUUUGUCAUGUAGGUAUUGAUUUAUUGCACAAAUUAUGUUUCUAUAGCUAGGAUUGAGAUUUUAGUAAUGUAAACACUGUCUUCAAUAUAGAUUAUGCUUACAUUUAAUAUGCCAAAUAACUAACAAUAUUUGAGGAAGCUAAAUUUCAAGGCCAUGUCCUCUCAACAUAUAUCUUUAUAUUUAAGAUUGUCCAUUCCAAAUAUCAUGUCUCCAUCACAAUAGGAUCUCAUAGUUUUAAUAAUUUUUUUGUUUAAAGUGAUAAGUUAGAAUUCCUG